AUGAAGAGUCUCCUGCUCGCCCUGGGCUUGGCCCUCGUGUGUGGCGCCCAGGCUGCCCACAUUCCCAAUAAAGUGGAGGGUCUGGACAUAAGAGAGGUGGCAGGGAUGUGGCACUCCGUGGCCAUGGCGGCCAGCGACAUCUCCCUCCUGGACGCCGAGAGCGGCCCCCUGAGAGUGAACGUGGAGGAGCUGAGGCCCACCCCCCAGGGCGACCUGGAGAUCAUCCUGCAGAAAUGGGAAAACCAAAAGUGUGUUGAGAAGACCAUCCUGGCUCAGAAGACCGAGGACCCUGCUGUAUUCAAGGUCAACGAUCACGGGGAAAGAAAGAUUUCCAUGCUGGACACAGACUACACCACCUACAUGAUCUUCUGCAUGGAGGCCCCCACGCCCACCGAUGAGCACGGUGCAGUGUGCCAGUGCCUGUCCAGGACCCUGCAAGUGGACAACAAGGUCUUGGAGAAAUUCGAAAGAGUCCUGGAGUCUCUGCCCGAGCACAUGCGGAUCAACCUGGACCUGAGCCAGAGGAAGGGUGAACUUAGCCCUGCCCAGGGGCCCGGGAGCCUUGGCCCCUCUGGGGACAGAUGACGUCACCCCCACCUCCCCCACCAGCAGGAUCAGGAGGCACCAGGACCAAGGUCACCCCUCUUGGGACCCAGGCCCCUCCGGGCCCCACCUGGGGUCUCCUGCUCGGGGGCGUUCCUCCUUCAGCAA